GACGCCCCGUCACGGCCCUUAUAGUCGAGUUCUCCCUCGGUCAAUUGCCAUCGUCACAACACUCACCUCAGACCUAGAUAGCAGCACAGCGCAACGCGAUAAACCACCAUGGCCAACGCAGAUCUCCCCCAUGUCACUCUCUACUGGUAUGUCGUUUGAGUUGUCCAAUUGUGCGACCUGAGAAACUGACUAGACCUCCAGGCUUGACCAGUCGCGCUCCCAGCGCAUCGUCUGGCUGCUCGAGGCGCUGGAAUUGCCCUACACCCUAGAGCUCUUCCAUCGCGAGAAGACCAUGCUCGCGCCCGCUGAGCUGAUGAAGAUUCACCCGCUCGGCAAAUCACCCGUCAUCAAGGUCACGCCUGCCAACGGCGGCGCGCCUCUCACGCUGGCGGAGAGCGGCUGGAUGACGCAGUACCUCGUCGAGAACACGCCCACAGGCGCCAAGUUGAUGCCCCCCAAGUACAAGGAGGGCCAGGAGGGCAAGAUUGGAGGCGAGACCGAGGAGUAUAUGCGGUACAUGUACAUCAUGCACUACUGCGAGGGCAGCCUCAUGCCCAUCCUGGUCAUGACCAUUGUCAUCAACGCCCUCAAGUCGCCCCAGGUCCCCUUCUUCAUCCGGCCCAUUACGGGCGCCGCCGCCAACCGCAUCUUCUCCACCUUCAUCUUCCCCAACGCCCAGAAGCACAUGGGCAUGCUCGACGGCAUGCUCAAGUCCUCCUCUGGGCGCUACCUCUGCGGCGACAAGCUGACGGCGGCGGACAUCCUCAUGAGCUUCCCGCUCAUCGCGGCCCGGGGACGCCUGGAUGAGAUUGGCAACUGGGAGGGCGGCUCCUGGGCCAAGGCCUUCCCGGCGAUCAACGAGUACGUGGACCGCCUCGAGGCUGAGGAAGGCUACAAGAAGAGUGUGCAGAAGGUGGAGGAGCUCGAGGGCAGGAAAUUCCAGCCGUCUUUGUAGUUUAUCAUGUCACCAGUAAUUGAUACCAUACAAUUUGAUUAUACCGUAC